GCACCCUAGCGAUGGUAUGUUUACCCGAUUGGUUUUUUCCUGUUUCUUUCAUGCAAAAGGCCUCUAACUUAGCUACAUCAACUAUUCUACUUGUUAAAAGUGUGAUUUUCAUCACAGAAGUCUUGUAUACCGAAAGCUAGUGUAUUUAUUAGCUUUUGUCGUUAGUUUAUGGUGUCUGAGUGUAGCUGUUGUCRAGAUCAGAGAUGUAUACAAUAACAGAGAAAGAGAAAUAUUGACUGGAGUGAAAAGAUCAUGUCUUUGAGAACACGUAUCAACGGUUUUACAGCCUGGGUGAAUUUACGUCUAGCCCCAACAGGAAACUUCAUGCACAAUAUUUUAACUGACUUACUAAAAGGCUACAACAUGAAGGUGUUGCUUGAAAGUAUGACUGGACGACCUUUAGAGAAACUUCAAAGCUUUGAUAAUUUAACAGCACAGCAGAAGACGACAAGAGUUGAGUGGAUUGUAAAGGAGCUCAAAGCUGUCAAAGUGAUUCCCAAAGAGACGUUUGUAGAUACAAGGAUGUUUGCAAUGAGGUCAGCUGAACAAGUAUUCGAGUUGCUAUGGUGUCUAGUUUGUCAUGAUAUCUGGUAUGUAUGGGAAAGAUCAGAAUUUUUGCAAAAAGAAAGUGGAACAGCACUUGUGUCUAAGCCRUUCCAUUGGACACCUCCACCACCCCCACCAAAGACACCCACCCACACCAUUGAGAAGGAUUUCAUGACUGGAUUUGGYGCCAAGUCCAUAAAACGGACACCUGUUUUGACACCAGAAGGUUCACCAAGCCCACCACCAUCUACGUCUGAGGAAGGAUCACCAAAACGGCGAACUAAAAACUUCCCAUCCCCUGAGUACUGCAUUCUAGACAUGGUGAAUGCUCACUUGAGACUGAGCCGAGAGGGACGCAAGUUAACUAGAGGUGUCAUGAGUCUUGAUGAUCUAACUGACAGCAGAGUUUUAUGUGCACUCAUAAACUCCUUUGUCCCCGAGACAUUUACCACUGAGAUCCUACUUAAYGAYAGAUGGACAAUAAAUCUAAGUCUCCAGACAGCAAAUGAAAUGUUCAAAUCUUCCAAUCCAUUUGAUUCACAGGAUCUUGUUGAAGGAGACGUAAUGUCUGUGUGUGCAUACUUUGCCUUUUUCUUUAUGAGUGGCUACAAGUACCGUCAAUCUAAGGCAAUGCUACAACGACUUGAUGAGCUAAACGUCUUAAAGAUUGGUGUUAAAGAUGAAAUUGAACAAUUUCCUGACUUUGUGACAAGCAUGAAGGAUUUGAAGAGAAAGAAGGAACUUGAUAACUUGAUUCAAGAAUAUGAUGAAGAAAUUGCAAUUAUUGAACAGAAUUAUGAUGUGACCAAGUGUGCUGCAUGGAUUAAAGAAAUCAGUGAUGUUCAAAAUAAGUGUCGUGCAGCUGUCUCCAAGAAAAUUGCAGAACGUUUUGAUGUAGUCCGUGUACCUAGAAACAUUACUAUUAAUGAUUUGGCUCUGGAAAUGGUGAUUAAUCUCAGCUUGACAUGCGGUACUGGUUUCUAUAGUAGUAAAUCUACUGAGAGUGUCUGGAAAGGGCGUAAGCUAGUCAUUCGAGACAAAGCAACUCAUGUUUUUCAUGAUGAUUUCUCAAGYGGUGCUGAUCAUAAAACUACUGUACGUCAAAUGCUUGGCCUCCAAGAUGAUGAAGUUGUGGAUAUCAGCUCUUCACAUUACCCAGAACUUGAAAUCUUUUUUGAGAGUUCAUCCAGGAAUAAGAUGCUCAAAGCUGGUUCAUUGUUUGUUUACCAAGUGUUUCCAGGAACUACAUCACAGUGUCAGAGGCUUCUCUUCAAAGCUUCCAAGACAGGAGAACUGGACAUUGUCCAAAAACUUGUUGCCUUUUUCCAUCUUGACAAGACGUUUGUUGACUCCAAAGAACACAGUUCUGGUAACACUGCACUGCAUAUGGCAAGUAGACAUGGACACUUUGACAUUGUUGUGUACUUGUUGGAAAAUGGAGCUGCUGUCGAUGCACUGAAUAACCAACUCAAUACCCCAUUCUUCCUGGCCACAGAGAGCCUACAAAAAGAUAUUUGUCAGUUGCUAAUUGAAUGGGGAACUGAUGUUACAAGAAGAAACAGAAAUAGCAAGACAGCUUUUGAGCUAAUGCGGCACUACGAGCUCAAGACCUUCCUUGAAAAGAAGUCAAAAGAGUGGUCUGAAUUGGUACCAAAGUUAAUUUCUGGUGAUGUUGAAUGUCUUGCUGAAGUGAUAGCUGCACAUCAUCGCAAGGAAAAUGUCAUGGCGAGCCUAAAGAGUAGGUGUGUUAGYGGAAGCACUCUCCUACACACUGCAGCCUUCUUUGGCUGUAUUCCUGCUAUYAAGUCUUUGUUUUCUGAAGGUUUAAAUGUAAAUCUUCUUGAUUACAAGGGAGCAACACCACUUCAUAGGGCAAAGAAUGCUGAAACUGUUGACUUGUUACUUGAAGCAGGAGCAGCCAUUGAUGCUGUCGAUCAUGACKGCAACACUCCACUUCACAUCAAAUGUUAUGGUGAAACAGGAGAAGCUACUGAUUUAGAAUGUAUUGAAAAGAUGCUGAUCAAAGAAGCUCCAUUAACUGUGCRCAAYGACAGAGAAUUGAUGCCUAUUCAUUGCUGUGCCAUGCAAGGACGCAUUGAYGCCAUCAAUGCCCUYGUGUUCUUCGAUACUCAGCAAAGUAUCAGAAAGAGCUUGGAUAAUGAGAAYAUUGAGGUUCCACCAAGUCUCCCACAUCUAUCCAUUGCAAAUGACCACCCUGAAUGUGCCCAGUGGUUGGUUGAUAAUAAAUUUGAAUUCAAAGAUAAAGAAAUAGAUGUCCUGGUGCACAAGAUUUUGUUGGAGCAGAUCCCAUGCUCCAAAAGAGUGGAUACAAUACAGUUUUUGCUCAGGCAAGGUGCAUCAGUUAAUCCUUYGUACCCAACAGGAAAYACUGCCCUUCAUCUCACUGCUGGACUUUCCAAUGCAUCUGAUCUCCUUGAACUGUUUCUCUCUUUUGGAGCGGAUGUUAAUGCUUUGAAUGACGACUUGUGUUCACCACUGUUUUAUGCUACUCAAGCAAACAACAUGUUUGCUGCAAGUUUGUUGAUUCAACAUGGAGCAAAUGUCCGGUCAAGGAAUCUGCAAGGRCUAGCAGCCUUUGACUUCAUCACUGACUUUGAAGAAUGGAUUGACUGUGGUUAUUUCAGUGAGGAAAUCAAAGCUCGACUUAAAGCUUACAGUCUCAAGCACGCAAGGGAUUUGGUGAGAGCUAUAWCCAGAAAAGUACAAACUACUUUAAAACCACAACAAUCUGUCAUGGUAACAAGCAACAGGAAAACACCCUUCAUGUUACCACCUAUUGCCAAGAAUCCUUCUUACUGAUUCCUUUCCGCUUGUUUAUACUAUCCAAAGAAAUACGAAAAGUAAAGCAAAUAUAUAAAAUACAGUGUAUGWAGAUCUAUAUUUUUGAUUUGAAUUAAAAUGAUACCUCGAUCAAAAACCAAACACAGACAAAACUUGUUUGCCUCCUCUCAUAGAAUUCAAAGGAAAAUAUACAUGAAAACGGAGUACAAUGAGGAAAAUACUCGAAGCAAGGAGAGAAGAAAACACCAAACAAACUAAUACAAAAGUAAAUCGGUACUUUUAGAUUUCAAAUUGAAUUAGACAACCGUUUUUUUUAUUUAUUUUUUUGUGGUUACUUGUUUAGACUUUUAGAGUCGCCAUGGUGUGGUGUGAUAUACAACUACAAAAUGUUUGCUCACAACGUUGGCAUUCGUCUCCAGAAUGGCAAAACUCUCGAUUUUUAAGCAUAUCUAGAAAAAAAGGGGACUUGUUUUUUUCAUUAAUAUAACGAAGUAUAACGUGUGGUCUUUCGGUGUGGUAGUGGUGCAGGCUCGUGCAGAUGUUUUUUUGUAACCUCCCGUUAGACAGCAGUAUGUGCAACUAUCCUAAACAAGAAUAUAAGGAGUUUUCUAGUCUGAUGAUCAACAAAAUUGCCACAGUUUCGAGACAUCAUUUGGGACUGCCUGGUUACGAUGUAUAACGAAUGACACAGCGGAAUAAGAAGGCUGGUUUUCACUACGCCAGGCAUAAGCUCCAUUGUUUAAAAUAGUUAGAAACUACUGCAAAUUUUCUAUAAUCAAAAUAUAUUGUGAUACAGAGUGCGAAGGGUUAAACCGUGAUUGGACUUAGAUGUGGCUUUCCUCUGUAAACAGGCGUUCUUAGCAGUUCGAUUCUCCCCCACUAAUUACGGAGGCCAAGAUGUUGCCGUGCGGAAAUUAACACUGCCCGUGAUCCUUAGCUAUCGUGAAGGGAUACAGUCAAUUUCACACAACAUUUGACGAAAAGAGCUGAAAAAAUUUUGUAUUUUGUUCGAGCUUCCAAAUUUGGUAGAUACUUCACUUAUGGAACUUGAAAACUC